AUGGACUACUUCGAAUACCCUUUCAAGGGGCUGCCGUCUCCCGCAGACACACCCUACGAGACCCCCGACUUCAUCCGGUCCAAGCGAUCGUCAAGAGCAACGGCAGGAUCGUCGAGGGACGCUUCUGUCAGCCCUCCUCCCCUCCCACCAGAUAAUGUCGAGCAGAGGGAAAAGGCGAGAGAUGGGAGGUAUGGCGCGAUGGAUCCUCGACGUUUUACACCAACGCUGCACGCGUCACUUGUCUCCGAGAUCCUGAACCUGCGGCGAGAGCUGGACUCGAAGAACAAUCUGGUCGAGAAUCUUGAGCAGAGCCUAUCCUCUGCAAAGACGGACAAUGAGAGCUUGACGGGCAAGCUUUCCGAGAAUGCUAAAGAGGUCAGGAAAGCGAGGGUACAGGUUCAGCAGAUCGAGAGAGGUACUCUGGAGGCAGUUGAAGGACUGGCAAAUGAGCGCGAUGCAGCGAACAGCACGGUAGCAGACCUGAGGGCCAAGCUCGAGGCGGCGCAGAAGACGGCUAGGCGUCAGGACGACGAUGCUGAACGUACACAAAGCAUAUGGGAGUCUGAGAAGGAGCGGUGGGAGAACGAGCGCCGCCAGAUGGAGCGCAGGAUCCACGUUACGGAAAGCAGGUUGAGGACGGUUAUCGACGAGAUGACUGUGCAGCAGGCGGCCAACGAAGGUCCAACAACACACGUCUCCGACGUUGACGAGAGCAUGUUCAAGGACAGCGGCUUUGGCAAUGAGAGCGAUACUGCGAGCGUGCGAUCAAUGACUCCCGUCAAACACAGAAGGAACAAGAGCAGUCUCAGCUCUCGCACCAGGAGCAUUCGCAACUCGACUAUGUCUCGCACGUCUGGUACACCGGAUCCUUAUGCGAAGCCAAAUGGUUAUAGCUUGGCUGACGAGCUGGGAAUCGACGAAGAAGACGAGUACGAUAUGGACGAGUUCGAGCACCCUGAUGAGGAGCUUGAAUACAACGAGCAGCUGCGAAGGACAAUGGAAUCGAGGCAGAGCUCUGUCAUUGGCGUGGAUUCCGACGCAAAAGCGAAACGUGUGCUUGGGUUGACAACUGAGAAUAUCGACGCGGCGGCCCGCACACCAACUGUUAAGGAACAUGUGAAAGCCCGGACCGAUUCGUUGUCUACUUCUGCGCACACGAAGCCAUCCCUAGAACAAGCAGCUUCUCCACCAUCAACUGCUGUCCCUGAGGCAACUCCGCGAAUCCAGUAUGUCGACACAGGAUACCAACCAUCUCCUCCGCCUUCGCCGCCACGCAAGGUCGAGCCAACUCUCCCGACUGGCGACGUUCCAAGGAUACAAGAGCCCAGCUCUGCGACUGCUCCGGAUGCAGAGGCAACUAGAAGCCAGGAGACUGUGCAACUACAGCCUCUGCUGAUGUCGCGAUCCUCUCCGUCUCCGAUAAGUCCCCCAGAGACUCCUGUGGUGGAUGGCAAAACGUGGCCCGAGGAGAAGCGAAUGUCCUUCCCUAGACCUGCUUACACAACAGCCUCCACGCAAACGGAGACUGAAGAAGCCACAGAGAAGGCCGGCCAUACGCCAAAACGGGACAGCCUCAGUCCUCCCUCCUUCGUGCCAUCGAUUGCGAUACAUCCGCCAUCUUCGAGACCAUCGUCUCCAAGGCCAUACGUUCUGCCGCCGGGAACAAAAAAUGCUUCGACUCAAGCGAGCCUGGGCUGGAAAUCACGAGAUGCUGCAGUUCAGACGGAGAACAUUCGAGUAGACAUGCGGCCGGUGAAGCUGCCAAAACACCUGAUGCCUGGCUAUCUCCUACCCAGUCCGACUUUUGAGGAACCACCACAGCCACCGCAGCCGAAGCCAUCAAAGCGACCAGCUACGGGAGGCACAGCUAAAAUCUUCACAAAGGCAGCUCCACCACCGCCACCACCGCUGCCGUCUCCUCCGGCUCAGUCGCCGCCACAGAGCAGUCCGGAGCUGUCCCGCGACAACAGCCAGAAGGAUUUGCGUUCCAUGCCACUGCGGGCUAUACCGUUGCCACGUCCAGUGCUGGCACCCUCGCAGCCUGCAGGGCAAAGUGCUAGUGCAGGACCGUUGAAUCGGUCUUCCCAGUAUGGCGUGAGCAAAGCCGGAGACAGGACAAGCCAAUUGCUCGACAUGGAUCCUCUUUCUGAUGGAAGCGACGGCGAGGACUUCGUCAGCGAUUUCGACACCAAGGACUUUGAGAGUUCGCUCUAUGCAGUAGCACGGCCGCCCCAGGGCAGGUUCGGUCUCUCGGAGCCACCCAAGGCAGUGCCUGAGGACAAGGAGAUCUCGCCAGAACGCAGGCCAGGCACUGCUGAAUCUUAUGGGGCUGCUCCUGCGCCCUCGGUCUCGAGCAGCAGAGCACAAUCGCGGACGUCGCAUCGCGAUAACGGCAAAGCACCAGCGAAAUUGAACACGUACAAGGACCAUCGUUCCCGGAGCCCAAGCUUUGGCAGCGUGAUCUCCAGUGCCUACAGCAAUCCGUCCGUUACUGCACCGCCGUUCCCUAUCCCCACCAGGUCGAGUUCACGCAUCGUCCCGAACUCACAUAGCGAGGGCUCGCAGAGUCCGGUGCCGUACCAGCUUGAUGGCUUCGGUAACAAAGCAUACCGCUUCCACAAGCCACCACACGCGCGUCCAGGCAGCUUGCGUAAGGUGCAGUCUGCUGCCGUCAUCAGAAACGCUGGGCGCAAAGGCUCGCCUCCAAAGUCUCGAAGACGCAGGCGACGGUCUCCAGACCUCACGCCUGUGCAAUCCAUGGCUUUCGAUAGCCCGGCGCCGACCAACUUCCCGAUCCCAGAGCUGCCGACUCCAUCGCAGCGUAACGCUCCGUUCGACAUCGUCAAGGGAUCUAUGGACAUUGGCGGCAGGCCUUCGAACGCCGCAGUUACGGAAACGUCACGCAUGUCAGAGGAGACGAAUCUGGUGGAUGCUAUCGCCAGCACCAUGGUUGGCGAGUGGAUGUGGAAGUACAUCCGCAAGCGGAAGUCGUUUGGUGUACAGGAGGACUUUCCGAUCGCCGAGGAUGGAUCUGUCAACACUGCGUCUCAUGGCUCGAGGCAUAAGCGGUGGGUCUGGCUGUCUCCUUAUGAGAGGACUAUUAUGUGGGAUAGCAAGCAGCCGGCAUCAGGAACUGCGCUGCUCGGUAAGAAGGGAAGGAAGCUCGCCAUAUCAUCUGUGCUCGAAGUCGAAGACAACACGCCAUUGCCCAAGAGCCCAGAGCUGCGCACAGCAUACGACCGCUCGAUCCUGAUUCUCACGCCUGCUCGAGCACUAAAGUUUACAGCAAUCUCUGCCGAACGUCACGUCUUCUGGAUGCGAGCUCUGUCGUUUUUGGCGCAGCCUGCAAAUCUACCAUCUCAAAUCCCACCAAUGCCAGCCCUACCACGUCCACCGCAAGUGCCGCAAGACCCAGCACCCACCGUCAAGCGCCACCGAUCACCAUCGUUUGGCCGGGCUACAGUCCGGGACUCUAUUCGCAUCGCCAAGGGCAAGCGGCCAGCCCUACCUCAUAGCGCGACCCACCCACCGCUCCCUGAGACUGGUCCAAACGACGCCAUGAUGGCUCUCGAGGGCUCGCAGCGCGACGACAGCGCCGAGUUCCCAGCCAUCCCGCGCCUCUACAUUACCACGAGCCGCCACCAGCGAAAGCGCAGCAACACAAGCCCUCGGCUGCCCGCUCCUCUCAGCAGUUUCCGCAACUUCUCCACUAGUGCCGUCCCAUCUACGGCCUCCUCUGCUCUACAUCCUGGGUCCACGAAUGGCUCCUCCUUCCGCCCCAACGCCAGCGCCUCCUCGAAGAGCGGCAGCCGUCCAGACUCCCUCGCCAGUCCCGACCGCCCCAAUUUUUUCGAGGCAGUCGGCACAGUACGCAUGGAAGCCUUCGUCGACCCCAAUAUGCGCGACGGAGUACUCUAUGUCCCGGCUCCACCGGCGGACAAUGCUGCGCAGCCGAGACGACGGGGUGAUAGCAAUAUCAGCCAGUCGACUACCGAUAAGCGGCGGGCUGGGUAUGUGUUUGAUGAGAACGGCUUUGAUCCGUUCAAGAACUUUUAG